AUUGGUGGAGGCGGGAAGUUUAAACAGAGGCAAAGCGCCAUACUUGUUUUCCUCAGGGCUUGUCUCUUUUUUCCUGAGGUGUUGGUUACCGGGAAAGAAAAGGGGGCGAAUUCGCUCCCACAACUUUCACAGCCGCCCCUGAGGGGAAGCGGUCAGCCUGGGUCUGGGACCCCUUUCCCCGGAGCAGCCCCGUGCAGCAGGGGAAGGCGGUGCGGGCGGAGCUGGAAUCUGCCAUGACGACGCGGCGAGCCGGGCGCAGCCGCUGGGAGCUCAGCCCCACCAAGCCGCGGCCGCCGGCGGGGCUGCGGGGCUCCGCGGCCGAGGCGGAGGCGGCCUCCCCGCCGGUCCUGUCCCUCAGCCACUUCUGCAGGUCCCCUUUCCUCUGCUUCGGAGACGUCCGCCUGGGGACCUCGCGGGCCCUGCCGCUGGCCCUGGACAACCCGAACGAGGAGGUGGCCGAGGUGAGGAUCUCCCGCCUCCCCGCCGCGGACCUGGGCUUCAGCGUGUCGCCGCGCCGCUUCGUGCUGCAGCCUAAAGAAAAAAUUGUUAUUUCUGUUAACUGGAUACCAUUCAAAGAAGGCCGAGUAAGAGAGAUUAUGACAUUUCUUGUAAAUGAUGUUCUGAAACACCAAGCUAUAUUACUAGGAAAUGCAGAAGAGCAGAAAAAGAAAAAGAGAAGUCUUUGGGAUACCAUUAAAAAGAAGAAAAUUUCAGCCUCUUCAAGUCAUAACACAAGGGUUUCAAAUAUUCAAAAUGUUAAUAAAACAUUUAGUGUUUCCCCAAAAGUUGACAGAGUUAGGAGCCCACUACAAGCUUGUGAAAAUUUGUCUAUAAAUGAAGGCUGUUCCUCAACAGAAAACAAUUCUUUAACACUUGAAGAAAAUAAAUUACCUAUAUCACCUAUUAGCCCCACUUUCAAAGAAUGCCAUGGUGACACUUGCUUGCCCCUUGUUAUACGCCGAUCUACUACCUACUCAUCUAUUCACAUUCCUGAAAAUGGAGAAUUAUUGAAAGAGGAAGGUGCCAACAUUUCAAAAGAUUUUUCUUUUAAUGAGAAAGUCAUAACUAAAACUUCCUUUAAUUCUAUAAAUAUUAAUGGCCAAAGUGAAGAGAAUAGUAAACUUAUUCUUACCCCAAAUUACUCUUCAACUUUAAACAUUACACAAAGCCAAGGAAAUUUUCUAAGUCCAGAUUCUUUUGUCAAUAAUAGCCAUGCAGCUAAUACUGAACUAGAGAUAUCAGAUACGUUCAUGAAAGAUAACUCGAAGCCUGUGCAUUUGGAAUCAAAAACGGUACAUGAAAUUUAUCGGACAAUUUUAAGUCCAGAUUCUUUCGUAAAUGAUAAUUAUGGACUAAAUCAGGAUCUACAGUCAGAGUCAAUUAAUCCCAUUUUAUCCCCAAAUCAAUUUGUAAAAGAUAACAUGGCAUAUGUGUGUACAUCUCAGCAAACAUGUAAAUUAUCACCAUUAUCAAAUGAAAAUUCUAAGGUCCUACAAUCUCAAGAUUCAAGGAAAAGUGAAGUUUUACCGUGUAUUCCUGAAUGUCAGGAUUCAAACUCUCCCAAAGCUAUUUUUGAAGAACUUGUAGAAAAGAAGUCAAAUCACUACAAUUUUACAAAACAAAAUCAUCCUAAAUUUUCUGCAGUUCAAGAUAUUUCUGGUCAGAGCCAUGAUAAACAACCUAAGAGACGCCCAAUACUUUCUGCUACUGUUACUAAAAGGAAGCCCACCCAUGCCAGAGAAAACCAAACUGAGAUUAAUAAACCAAAAGCAAAAAGAAGUCUCGACAGUGCAGUAGGUGAAUGUGAAAAACUAAUAAAUAAUCAAGAAGAGAAAGAAGCUUUUCAUUCUUAUCUUCCAAUUAUAGGUCCAGUAUUAAGUAAACCUAAGAAUUAUAAAAAUGAAAUAACUCCCUCUUUGACGACAGCAUCAGUUGCUCGUAAAAGAAAGAGUGAUGGAAGCAUGGAAGAAACAAAUGUGAGAGUUCCAGUCACAGAGCAUAUGGAGGUGCGAGAGAUCAAAAGAAUCCAUUUUUCUCCCUCUGAGUCUAAAACAUCAACUGCUAAAAAACCAAAAAAGGUGAAAACACCCAUCUCAAAAUGUAUUAGCAGCAGAGAGAAAUUAAACCUGAAGAAGAAAACUGAUUCAUUCGUAUUCAAAACUCCUCUAUCUAAAACAAACAAAAGGACAAAACCCAUUGUUGCUGUGGCACAGUCCAAUUUGACCUUCAUAAAACCAUUAAAAACAGAUAUUCCUAGACACCCAAUGCCAUUUGCUGCAAAAAACAUGUUCUAUGAUGAACGCUGGAAAGAAAAGCAGGAACAAGGAUUCACUUGGUGGCUAAAUUUUAUAUUAACUCCUGAUGACUUCACUGUAAAAACAAAUAUUUCUGAAGUAAAUGCUGCUACUCUUCUUUUGGGAGUGGAGAAUCAACAUAAAAUAAGUGUUCCCAAAGCACCUACAAAAGAGGAAAUGUCUCUCAGAGCUUACACUGCUCGGUGCAGGUUGAAUCGAUUACGUCGCACAGCAUGCAGUUUGUUUACUUCUGAAAAAAUGGUUAAAGCUAUUAAGAAACUUGAAAUUGAAAUUGAAGCUAGGCGGUUAAUUGUUAGAAAAGAUAGACACCUCUGGAAAGACGUGGGAGAACGCCAGAAAGUCCUGAACUGGCUAUUGUCAUAUAAUCCUUUGUGGCUUCGAAUUGGCCUAGAGACAAUUUAUGGGGAACUCAUAUCUUUGGAAGAUAACAGUGAUGUCACAGGGUUGGCUAUGUUUAUUCUGAAUCGCUUACUUUGGAAUCCUGUUAUAGCAGCUGAGUAUAGACACCCCACUGUUCCUCAUCUCUAUAGAGACGGUCAUGAAGAAGCUUUGUCCAAGUUUACAUUGAAAAAGUUACUGUUGUUGGUCUGUUUCCUUGAUUAUGCUAAAAUUUCCAGACUUAUUGAUCAUGAUCCUUGCCUCUUUUGUAAAGAUGCUGAAUUCAAGGCUAGUAAAGAAAUUCUUCUGGCUUUUUCACGAGAUUUCCUAAGUGGUGAAGGUGACCUUUCCCGUCACCUUAGCUUAUUGGGAUUACCUGUUAACCAUGUUCAGACACCAUUUGAUGAAUUUGAUUUUGCUGUUACAAAUCUUGCUGUAGACUUACAGUGUGGAGUGCGUCUAGUGCGAACCAUGGAACUUCUCACACAGAACUGGACUCUGUCAAAGAAACUCAGAAUUCCUGCAAUCAGUCGUCUUCAAAAGAUGCACAAUGUUGACAUUGUUCUUCAGAUUCUUAAAUCACGAGGAAUUCAAUUAAGUGAUGAGCUUGGAAAUACAAUUCUACCUAAGGAUAUUGUGGAUAGGCACAGAGAAAAAACUCUCGGAUUGCUUUGGAAAAUAGCAUUUGCUUUUCAGGUGGAUAUUUUCCUUAAUCUAGAUCAAUUAAAGGAAGAAAUUGACUUUCUAAAACACACACAGAGUAUAAAGAAAACAAUGUCUGCCCUAUCAUGCCAUUCUGAUGUUGUUAUUAAUAAGAAAAAAGACAAAAGGACUAGUGGUUCCUUUGAGCAAUAUAGUGAAAACAUAAAGUUAUUGAUGGAUUGGGUAAAUGCUGUUUGUGCCUUCUAUAACAAAAAGGUGGAGAAUUUUACAGUGUCUUUCUCAGAUGGCCGUGUGCUGUGUUAUCUGAUCCACCAUUAUCAUCCGUGCUACGUGCCUUUCGACGCUAUAUGUCAGCGCACUACUCAGACUGUGGAAUGCACACACACUGGUUCAGUGCUAUUAAAUUCAUCAUCUGAGUCUGAUGAUAGUUCUCUGGAUGUGUCUCUUAAAGCAGCUGAUUGUGAAAAUACUUCAGAACUAUACAAAGAACUCCUAGAAAAUGAAAGGAAAAAUUUUCAUUUAGUUAGCUCUGCAGUUAGAGAUCUUGGUGGAAUACCUGCUAUGAUUAAUCAUUCAGAUAUGUCAAAUACAAUUCCAGACGAAAAGGUGGUUAUUACCUAUUUGUCAUUUCUUUGUGCAAGGCUUUUGGAUCUUCGUAAAGAAAUAAGAGCUGCUCGACUUAUACAGACAACAUGGAGAAAAUAUAAAUUAAAAACAGAUCUCAAACGCCAUCAGGAGCAAGACAAAGCUGCAAGAAUUAUUCAGUCAGCUAUAAUCAAUUUUCUAACUAAACAGCGAUUGAAGAAAGAAGUUAAUGCAGCACUGGUCAUUCAGAAAUUCUGGCGAAGACUCUUAGCACAGAGAAAAUUAUUAAUGCUAAAUAGGGAAAAAGUGGAAAAAAUUCAAUAUAAAUCAGCAUCAAUUAUUCAGGCUUAUUGGAGAAGAUAUUCCAGUAGAAAAAGAUUUUUGAAAUUGAAAUAUUAUUCAAUCAUCCUGCAAUCUAGGAUAAGAAUGAUAAUUGCUGUUACGUCUUAUAAACGAUAUCUUUGGGCUAUAGUUACCAUUCAGAGGCGCUGGUGUGCUUGUUUAAGAAGGAAACAAGAUCAACAAAGAUAUGAAAAGCUAAAAUCAUCAUCUCUUAUAAUCCAGCGUAUGUUCAGAAGAUGGAAGCGACGUAAAAUACAAUUACAAAUAAAAGCUGCAAUAAUAUUGCAAAGAGCUUUUAGAGAAUGGCAUUUAAGGAAGCAAGCUAAAGAAGAAAAGUCUGCUAUUGUCAUACAAUCAUGGUAUAGAAUGCACAAAGAAUUACAUAAAUAUAUUUAUAUUAGAUUUUGUGUUGUUACCAUUCAGAGAAGAUUUCGGUGCUUUCAAGCCCAAAGGUUAUAUAAAAGAAAAAAAGAGUCCACACUGACUAUCCAGAAGUACUACAAAGCAUAUCUGAAAGGGAAGAUUGAGCGUACCAACUAUUUGCAGAAACGAGCUGCAGCCAUUCAACUACAGGCUGCUUUUAGGAGAAUGAAAGCUCGUAAUUUACGUAGACAAAUUAGAGCUGCUUGUGUUAUUCAGUCAUAUUGGAGAAUGAGACAAGACAAAAUUCGAUUUUUAAACCUUAAAGAGAUGAUUAUCAAAUUGCAGGCACACAUAAGAAAACAUCAACAAUUACAGAAAUAUAAAAAGAUGAAGAAAGCAGCCCUUAUUAUUCAGACUCAUUUCCGAGCUUACAUUUCAGCCAGGAAAGUUCUAACAUCUUAUCAGAAAACACGUUCUGCUGUAAUUGUUCUACAGUCUGCAUAUAGAGGGAUGCAAGCCAGGAAAAUGUUUAUUUACAUCCUCAAAUCUAUUAUAAAGAUUCAAUCAUGUUAUCGUGCUUAUAUUUAUCAAAAGAAAUUUCUGAGCCUAAAGAAUGCUACAAUAAAAUUGCAAUCAGUUGUCAAGAUGAAACAAACACGUAAACAAUACUUACAUUUAAGAGCAGCUGCACUGUUUAUCCAGAAAUGUUACCGUUCCAAAAAAAUGGCUGCACAAAAGAGAGAAGAGUAUAUGCAGAUGAGGGAAUCUUGUAUCAAGCUGCAAACUUUUGUUAGAGGAUACCUGGUGAGAAAGCAGAUGAGGUUGCAAAGAAAAGCUGUUAUUUUACUACAGUCUUAUUUCAGAAUGAGAAAGAUGCGGCAGUACUACCUGAAAAUUCAUAAAGCAAUUGUUGUGAUUCAGAAUUACUAUCGUGCGUACAAAGCACAAGUCAAUCAGAGGAAAAACUUCUUACAAGUCAAAAGAGCAGCUACUUGCCUACAAGCAGCGUACAGAGGUUAUAAAGUACGCCAACUAAUCAAACAACAAUCUAUAGCUGCUCUUAAAAUUCAAACUGCUUUUAGAGGCUAUAGUCAAAGAGUAAAAUAUCAAUCUGUGCUUCAGUCUAUUAUGAAGAUUCAGAGGUGGUACAGGGCUUACAAGACUGUUUAUAAUAUAAGAACACAUUUUUUACAGACAAGGGCAGCUGUGAUUUCCCUCCAGUGUGCUUAUCGUGGCUGGAAAGUUCGGAAGCAGAUCAGAAGGGAAUAUCAAGCUGCAGUGAAGAUUCAGUCUGCUUUUAGAAUGGCCAAGGCCCAGAAACAGUUUAGAUUGUUAAAAACAGCAGCAGUAGUCAUCCAGCAACAUCUGAGAGCUUGGACUGCAGGAAAGAAGCAACGUAUGGAGUAUAUUGAACUCCGUCACACAGUACUGACGCUUCAAUCUACAUGGAAGGGAAAAACAGUGAGAAGACAGAUUCAAAGGCAGCACAAAUGUGCUGUCAUCAUACAGGCCUACUACAGAAUGCAUAUGCAACAAAAGAAGUGGAAAAUCAUGAAAGAAGCUGCUCUUCUGAUUCAAAAGUAUUAUAGGGCUUACAGUAUUGGAAGGGAGCAGCAUUGUUUAUAUUUGAAAACAAAAGCAGCUGUAGUAAUUUUACAGUCAGCUUACCGUGGUAUGAAAGUGAGAAAAAGAAUAAAGGAUUGCAACAAAGCAGCAGUCACUAUACAGUCCAAUUAUAGAGCUUACAAAACCAAAAGGAAAUAUGCAACCUAUCGAGCUUCAGCUAUUAUAAUUCAGAGAUGGUAUCGAGAUAUUAAAAUUACAAAUCAUCAGCGUAAGGACUAUCUUAACUUGAAGAAAGCAGCAAUCGAAGUCCAAGCUGUUUAUAGAGGUAUUAGAGUCAGAAGACACAUUCAACUCAUGCACAUGGCAGCCACUUCUAUUAAAGCCAUGUUUAAAAUGCAUCAGUCAAGAAAAAGAUACCAUACAAUGAGAUCAGCAGCUAUUGUCAUUCAGGUAAGAUACAGAGCAUAUUAUCAAGGUAAAAUUCAGCGUGAAAAGUACCUGACAAUUUUGAAAGCUAUUAAUAUUCUUCAGGCAAGUUUUAGAGGAGUAAGAGUUAGACAGACUCUAAAAAAGAUGCAGAUUGCAGCCACACUCAUUCAAUCAUACUAUAGAAGAUACAGGCAGCAAACAUAUUUUAAUAAGUUAAAGAAGGUAACAAAAACAGUACAGCAGAGAUAUCGGGCAGUGAAGAAAAGAAACAUUCAAUUUCAAAGGUAUAACAAAUUGAGGCAUUCCAUAGUAUACAUUCAGGCUGUUUUUAGGGGGAUGAAAGCCAGAAGACAUUUAAAAGUUAUGCAUGUAGCCGCAACCCUUAUUCAGAGAAGAUUUAGAACUCUAAUGAUGAGAAGAAGAUUCCUCACUCUCAAGAAAACUGUUGUUUGGAUUCAGCGAAAAUAUCGAGCACAUCUUUGUGCAAAGCAUCACUUACAAUUCCUUCGGUUCCAAAAGGCAGCUAUUAGAAUCCAGUCAUCAUACGGAAGAUGGAUGGUAAGGAAAAAGAUGCAGGAGAUGCACAGGGCUGCUACUUUGAUCCAGGCUACUUUCAGAAUGCACAUAGCACAUGUGAGAUACCAGGCUUUGAGACAGGCCUCUGUUGUGAUCCAGCAGCAAUACUACGCAAACAGAGCAGCAAAACUGCAGAGGCAGCAUUAUCUCAGGCAAAGACAUUCUGCUGUGACCCUUCAGGCUGCAUUCCGGGGUAUGAAAACUAGAAGACGUGUGAAAAGUAUGCAUUCCUCUGCAACCCUUAUUCAGAGUAGGUUUAGAUCACUGCUGAUAAGGAGAAGAUUCAUUUCCCUCAAAAAAGCUGCUAUUUUUGUUCAGAGGAAAUAUCGAGCCACCAUUUGUGCCAAGCAUAAAUUGCACCAAUUCUUGCAGUUACGAAAGGCAGCUAUUACAAUACAGUCAUCUUGCAGAAGACUGAUAGUAAAGAAAAAGUUACAAGAAAUGCACAAGGCUGCAGUUCUCAUCCAGGCUACUUUCCGAAUGCACAGAACGUAUAUUACAUUUCAGACUUGGAAACAUGCUUCAAUUUUAAUUCAGCAACAUUAUCGAAUAUACAGAGCUGCAAAAUUGCAAAGAGAAAAUUAUAGGAGACAAUGGCAUUCUGCUGUCGUCAUUCAGGCUGCAUAUAAAGGAAUGAAAGCAAGACAGCUUUUAAGGGAAAAGCACCAAGCUGCUAUCAUAAUACAAAGCACAUAUAGAAUGUAUAGGCAAUAUUAUUUCUACCGAAAGCUUCAGUGGGCUACAAAGGUAAUACAAGAAAAAUAUAGAGCAAAUAAAAAGAAACAGAAAUCUCUUCAACCCAAUGAGCUUAAGAAAGCAGAGACUUGUAUUCAGACAAGUUUUCAGGACAUAAACCUAAGGAAACAAAUUCAGAAACAGCAUCAGGCUGCCAUUACUAUUCAGAAGUAUUUUAAAGCCUUGGAAAUAAGGAGGCAUUAUCUCCAUCUCAAAGCAACAGUGGUUUCUGUUCAAAGAAGAUACAGAGCACUAACUGCAGUGCGUACCCAAGCAGUUAUUUGUAUACAGUCUUCUUACAGAGGCUUUAGGGUACGAAGGGAGAUCCAAUCUAUGCACCUGGCUGCCAUACUGAUUCAGUCUUUCUACCGAAUGCACAGGGCCAAAGUUGAUUAUCAAGCAAAGAAAACUGCGAUUGUUGUUAUACAAAAUUAUUAUAGGUCAUAUGUCAGAGUAAAAAUGGAAAGGAAUAAAUUUUUAGCAGUUCAGAAAUCUGUAAGAACUAUUCAGGCUGCUUUUAGAGGCAUGAAAACCAGACAAGAAUUGAAAAACAUAUCUGAAGAAAAGAUUUCAGCCAUUGUUAACCCAUCUGCACUCUGCUGUUGCGGAGCUAAAACUCAGCACAAAGCUGUUCAAAGUGAGGACGUUACGAUUCAAGAGUGGUAUAAAGCUUCUCCACUUGCUUGUUUUCAGGAAGCAGAGUAUCAUUCUCAGAGUAGGGCUGCAGAACCAAUUCAAAAAGUUUUUCAUGAAAUGUUCACAAGAAAACUGGAAAUGCAGAAAUGCGCUGCCUUACGAAUUCAGUCCUUCCUGCAGAUGGCCCUGUGUCGAAGAAGGUUUGUUUGGCAGAAAAGAGCUGCUAUCACCUUGCAGCAGUAUUUCAGGACAUGGCAAACCAGAAGACAGUUUUUACUGUAUAGAAAAGCAGCAGUGGUUUUACAAAAUCACCACAGAGCCCUUCUGUCUGCAAAACAUCAACGACAAGUUUAUUUACAAAUCAGGAGCAGUGUUAUCAUUAUUCAAGCUAGAGCAAAAGGAUUUAUACAGAAACGGAAGUUUCAGAAAAUUAAAAAUAGCACCAUAAAAAUUCAGGCCAUGUGGAGGAGAUAUAAAGCCAAAAAAUAUUUAUGUAAAGUAAAAGCUGCCUGCAAGAUUCAAGCCUGGUAUAGGUGUUGGAGAGCACGCAAAAGGUAUCUAGCUGUAUUAAAAGCUGUUAAAAUUAUUCAAGGUUGCUUCUAUACUAAACUGGAGCGAACACGGUUUUUGAAUGUGAGAACAUCAACAAUUACCAUUCAGAGAAAAUGGAGAGCUACACUUUCUGGAAGAAUAGCUCGUGAGCACUUCUUAAUGAUAAAAAGACAUCGAGCUGCUUGUUUGAUCCAAGCACAUUUUAGAGGAUAUAAAGGAAGGCAGAUCUUUCUUCAGCAGAAAUCUGCUGCUUUGAUCAUACAAAGAUAUGUACGAGCUAGGGAGGCUGGAAAGUAUGAAAGGUUAAAAUACGUUGAAUUAAAAAAAUCUACAGUUAUUCUACAGGCACUGGUGCGUGGCUGGCUAGUAAGAAAAAGAAUUUUAGAACAGAAAGCCAAAAUUCGGCUUCUCCACUUUACUGCAGCUGCAUAUUACCACCUGUCUGCUCUCAGAAUUCAGAGAGCAUAUAAACGUCACGCGGCUGUGAAGAAUGCCAGCAAGCAGGUUUGUUCAGCCAUCUGUAUUCAGAGAUGGUUUCGAGCAAGAUUACAACAAAAAAGUUUUAUUCAGAAAUAUCACAGCAUCAUAAAAACUGAGCAUGAAGUUCAAGAAUGUCUGAGCCGGCAAAAUAGGGCUGCAUCGGUAAUACAGAAAGCCGUUCGCCAUUUUCUCCUUCGUAAAAAACGGGAAAAAUUUAAUAGUGGAAUCACUAAAAUUCAGGCAUUAUGGAGAGGCUAUUCUUGGAGGAAGAAAAAUGAUUGUACAAAAAUUAAAGCUAUACGACUAAGUCUUCAAGUUGUUAACAGAGACAUUCGGGAAGAAAACAAACUCUACAAAAGAACUGCUCUUGCACUUCAUUAUCUUUUGACAUAUAAGCACUUUUCUGCCAUUCUUGAGGCUUUAAAGCACCUAGAGGUAGUUACUAGACUGUCUCCGCUUUGUUGUGAGAACAUGGCCCAGAGUGCUGCAAUUUCUAAAAUAUUUGUUUUGAUCCGAAGUUGUAAUCGUAGUGUUCCCUGCAUGGAAGUCAUCAGAUAUGCUGUACAAGUCUUGCUUAACGUAGCUAAGUAUGAAAAAACUACUUCAGCAGUUUAUGAUGCAGAACAUUGUAUAGAUGCACUAUUGGAGCUUUUGCAGAUGUACCGGGAAAAGCCUGGUGACAAAGUUGCAGACAAGGGUGGAAGCAUUUUCACAAAAACUUGUUGUUUGUUGGCUAUUUUAUUGAAAACAACAAAUCGAGCCUCUGAAGUACGAAGUAGGUCCAAAGUUGUUGACCGUAUUUAUAGUCUCUACAAACUUACAGCCCGUAAACAUAAAAUGAAUAAUGAAAGAAUGCUUUAUAAACAAAAGAAUUCUGUAAGCAUUCCCUUUUUUCCAGAAACACCUGUAAGGACCAGAACAGUUUCAAGACUUAAGCCAGAUUGGGUUUUGAGAAGAGAUAGCAUCGAAGAAAUCACAAAUCCCCUGCAAGCUAUUCAAAUGGUGAUGGAUACACUUGGCAUUCCUUAUUAGUAAAUGUAAACAUUUUCAGUGUAUAGUAUAAAGAAAUAUUAAAGCUAAUUAUGAAUAUGUAGUGUUUUUUACUGUCUAUAUACAACUUUUUAAAAUCUGACUUUGUAUUAAAAUUAAAUACAUAACAAUUAAACUUUAUUAUAUUCAUUAUUUCUUUUAUUAUUUAAUAUCUUUAUGCAUAUAACAAACUAAUAUGUCAUAAGAUGA